AUGUCUUCAACUGAAGAAACUAAGAGUAUUGCACAAAAAAAGCAAUGGUUCCCUGUUGCUUCCGUAGCUGUGUUGAUCCUGGCGUUGUUAUUAUCUAAAAUCCACUCAUUCAGCGUAUCAUUGUUCAAUGUGUACAAUGCAUACAGAUACAUCCCAGACAAAGUUCUGGACCAUUAUAUUCAAAAACCUCUCUCAGAUGUGUCUAUGGAGAUUCCUGUUUAUUUUGAUUCAGCAUUUAAGUUCCCCGAUUUAGGAGAAGCUGUUGAUAUCCAACUAAAUUCAAGAAUGUUGAAUGAAUAUUUCAUAUUACCGAACGUAUCGAUUAUUUUAAAACCAGGGAAAAAGUACAUGUACGAUGAGGGUUACUACCCGAAAGAUGAGAUGUUUACAUAUGCAAUGUUAAGCGAUGGGGAUGCAAUUCAGGUGGAUGGUGCUAGAAAUUAUGGUGAGAUAUACUUUACUUUACAGAGUGUUGAUGCUAACGAUUUGCCGUUUUUCAUGACUCAGUUGCUACUAGACCAUUGCUACAGCCGAGAAAUCAACAAAUAUACACCAGACAUGUUCUACCAGUUGACUGGGGCGGAUAAUCAAAGUGAUUAUUUCUUUCUGCAUGCGGACUAUGUAGAUAAGAGGUUGAUUAGAGACCUUAUACACAAACCAAAGGGGAUCCCACUUUUGAUUCAUAUACAUCUGUAUGUUGUCAUGGCGAACUUUUUGAACUUGAAUAUAAUGGAGGCCGCUCAGCAGUAUCUACUACCUGUAUUUCAGAAAUACUCACAUGUCUUUGAUUUUGAUGUCAAAGUCCACCAUAUUAACCUCUUUGAUCCAAAUGCAGAUAUUCAACGUGAACAUAUUGAUGAGUACUUUCCUGAUGAAUUGACAGAUAUACCCGUUUUAAAGGACAUCUACAAAGAAACAAAGGAAAAGUUCAAGGAUGGAACCCACGUACACAUGGUUUUUUAUCCAUUCUUUCAAGGUGGUGACAAAUUAAGGGAGAAAAAGGUAGGUGACAUGCCUCUAUUUUCUGAAUAUGAGAACAUGUUUCUAAAUAUCGAUAAUUGGGGAGCUGUUUAUUUUACGCAUAUCCCUUCUGAGAAUGGAGAUGAUACGAACACAUUCUCAAUGAACCAACUUCAGGAUUGCAUGUGGACGUUUAACCAAGCAUUACUUGAUAAUAUUGGAGUACCUAAUGAAGUUCUUGCACCACCGAUCCGCCUACGAGGAUUUGGACGAUACUUGACAAUUCAAUACCUGACAUAUUACAGUUUCCUACUGAAUAAAAUAAAGGUAUGGAAAUCAACAAAGGCUUUGCUUUACAGGGACCCGUCUGAAGUAAACCAUAGAGUUGAAACAUUUGUAGGGAGCCUGAAACUCAGAGAUAUAGUCGUUGAGCGAUUAAAACAGGACGAUACCAUCUCCUCUCUUCAUUACGCAGAGAAAUGCUUGCAAUGGUCAGAGACAUUGACCAACAAGUGGAAAUCUGUAUACCUGACAGCCUAA